ACAAUUCAAAUUCGUUCAUUAUCAUUAUUGCAAACAUUGUUUUAUUGAUUAUCAUCAUUAUUGCAAAUAUUGUUUUAUGUGAGAAAUAUUAUUUCGUUAUUAAUCAUUAAUUAAACCUUAUUGAUUAAAUAAAUCGUUAUUAUUUUCUUAUUACGAAUUUUUUGGAAUUGUUUACGGGAAAUUUAUUUUUUCUGUUUGAUUAGGUGUCUGCAGUCCAUCAGUGGGACAGGGACUAUGUGAAGUGUGUUGAUUGUUCUACCCCUGUUCCCACCCUCCCUACCCCCCCCCCCGUGAUCUGUGACCACCAGGAUGUCUGAGGUACCACAUCAGCCAGAGCUGAUGUCGGUGGAACAAGACACCGGGGCACUGCCACGACGCAGUGCCAGGCUUGCAGUUCAUAACCGUUCUAUGGUACCUCCACGAAGCAAGUAUCAGCAACAGCGGCUCAGCAAGCGGACGACUCAGGCGGCAUCGAGUACAGCAUUGACAAUACCGGUUCCCACCGGAGUUCUUCCCGCAUGUCCGGUGCAAGGGGCCCUUGAACCGCUGGCUGAUUACCUUGGGCGGCCACAGGUAUUCACUGAUGCCGUAGCUACCGCCAAGGCUCAGCAGGAGGCAGCACAGGCAGAACGUCAGCGGCUGGCCAAUGAGGCGGCAGCCCAAGCUCAGCAGACUGCUGAGGCUGACGCAGCGGCACGAGACAGACGGAAUGCCGCCAGCACGGAGUCCCUGAUUCAACAUGAGAAUCAGUGGACAACACUACUCGAAGGCAUGUUCUUUGUGCCUACGGAAGCGCAUACGGCUCUGACACAGGCGGAGGGAGAGAGAAGUAACCUGGCUACCCUGAUGUUGAGCGUGAUGAGGGGAGUAAUGUGGAACAACAAACUGCUGCAGGCACACCCGGUCGCAGAACGACAGCAACGACAAAAGCACCAGCAAGAGGUGGCUGCUUUGACGGUCGCCGUCCGCGACGCAGCAACGCAGCAGCAGCAACAGCAACAGCUGUUGAACUCUACUCUCGCACGCAUCAACGGCAUCGAGGCUAAGACCUCAGCAGCGCCAGGCUGCACGACGGACGCGACGAAGCAGCUCAACGAGCGCAUCGAUCACGUCGUUACUAUCAUUGGCCAACUAGGUGAUUUCACUAGUCCGGCCUCGAUCAGCAGCACGGUGGCCGCCAUCAAGACGAGUAUCACCAACCUGCAGACAAGACCGGACGCCGCUACAAAGAAUUACAAGAUGUCGCACUUCGACAUCAGCAAGUUCAACGACUACAACAAGUCGGACGCCUUGACAUGGUGGCAAUGUUUCCUAACGGAAGCAUCUUGCCGCACUGUCCCGGCUGACGACAUGAUGAAGGCGCUCUACUUACAACUGAUUGGAGGAGCGCAGGCCUGGAUGAACCAUCUGGCGGCUACCAAGAAAUGCACCAUCGCCGAACUCCACACGCACAUCCCGUGGAAGGAGUUCGAGAAGCUAUGGUUCACUCGGUUCAUGGUCCGCAAUGUCGUGAAGGCGGCCAUGAACGAGGUGUACACCUGCUCUCAAGGGAAUAUGCCAACUCGAGACUGGACAACAAAGUGGCAAAAGAUAGUGACCACGCCAGGCUUCGAUUUGAGUCUUGGCCCGCGCGUUCGAAGGAAGACGCAACCCACGCAAGUUACACUCGCGGACGGCCGCACGCAAAAGUCACUUGACCGAUGCGUCGACAGCGUUCCGGUAUACUUUGCGCCACUUGCGUGUGAGCCGGUGUCUUUUGACAUCCUCGACACCAAGUUCGACAUGGUUCUAGGCAUGUCUUGGUUGCGUAGCGCCGAUCAUCCGGUGAACUUCCAUGACCGAACCGUUCACAUCUGUGAUCGGAACGGAUUGUUAGGCCCAUGUACGGUCGCGACCCCUCACACUUUGAUUGCUUGCCACGUGGUUUCCGUUGCGAGAAUUCACGACGCCAUAGCUCGGAAUGACGUCGAGGAGAUGGGCCUGGUAUUCUUGCAUGCUCUCCCCUCGCCGGACGGACCAGCCGCGUCACCGCCGGACCCACGCAUCACUCACCUCUUGGACGAGUAUGGAGACGUCUUCGAGGAUCCCACCGGAACGGUUCCGGAUCGGCCCAUACGUCACGGGAUCACUCUCGAGGCUGGUGUCGUCCCUCCGCGUGGAUGUAUCUACCGCAUGAGCGAAGAGGAACUCGAGGACGUUGGACAAGCACAUCAUCACCUUCGCGCUGUUUUGAAUCGUUUGCGACUGGCCAAGUACAAAGCAAACCGCGACAAGUGCGAGUUCGCCAAGCAGGAGCUUGAGUAUUUGGGCCAUUAUGUUACGCCGAAAGGCAUUCGUCCCUUAGCGGACAAGAUCCAAGCCAUCGUGGAUUGGCCGGAACCCCGUUGCACGACGGAUGUACGCUCUUUCAUGAGUUUGGCUGGAUAUUAUCGGCGAUUCGUUGAGUCAUACUCGAAUGUGGCCGCUCCUUUGUCGAGACUUCAGUCCCCGAAGGUGCCCUUCGAGUUCGACAACGCAGCCCGUGGCUUGUUCACUACGUUGAAGGCAGCGAUGCAAGCCGCACCUGCCCUCCGUAUAUACGACCCCACCCUUCCCACCCAAGUGACUACGGACGCUUCGGGAUACAGUAUUGGUGUGGUGUUGGAACAGUGUCACGAGGACGGUUGGCAUUCGGUCGAGUAUUUCUCCCAAAAGGUGCCUCUCGUCAACACUCUCGACGACGCUAGGAAGAAAGAGCUACUCGCGUUCGUCAAUGUUUUCAAAUGGUGGCGCCAAUUUCUUCUCGGCUGUCGGCGUUUUAAAUGGAAUACGGACAACAAUCCGUUGACCUUUUACAAAACGCAGGAUACGGUCACUAGCACGAUCGGUCGAUGGAUGUAUUACAUCGACCAGUUCGACUUUGACCCGUGCCACAUUCCCGGUCCCGCCAAUCGAGCUGCAGACGCCCUCUCACGACGGCCCGAUUUUUGUGCCAUUGUGACCACGGCAUUCGACCUCGAUAACGAUCUGCAGCCGCAUUUCAUCAAAGGCUACAAGUCUGAUCCGACUUACUCUACGCUUUACGCGGAGCUUUCAUCGGAUCACCCGCCGGCUAGCCACUAUCCGAUUUCUGACGGGUUCCUUCUCCUUCACACGAGAGGAAAGGACUUGUUAGUUGUGCCCCAAGAUCGCAUCUUACGGACUCGACUUCUCGGCGAAUUUCACGACGCACGACUUUCGGCACACUUUGGCGUGAAUCGCAAAUUAGCUCGCCUCCGCCAGCGUUUUCACUGGCCCAACGUCCUUCAUGACGUCACGAGGUACAUUGAGUCAUGUGUAGUUUGCCACCGUAACAAGGGUCGAUCUCGAGUCCCCUUCGGCGAAUUGAAACCGUUGCCGAUUCCUCGGGCACCGCGCCUCUCCAUUGUUAUGGACGUGACAGGCCCGUUCCCCCUCGAUCGCCUCGGCCAUGACGGUAUUCUCACGGUUGUUGACCAUUUGAGCAAGUAUGCUCGCUUCUUUCCUUGCAAGUAUCAUGCUGCAGCGCCUGAGCUCGCACGACUCUUGCACACCAGUUGGAUUACCAACCAGGGUGUUCCGGAAGACAUAGUGAGCGACCGAGAUACUCGCUUCAUGUCGGCCUUUUGGACUUCCCUCAUGGCUGAGUCUGGUAUGACAAUGAAGCCGAGCUCGGAUCGGCACCCGCAGACGGAUGGCCAGACGGAGCGAGCGCACCAAACCACUCAGAUGAUGUUGCGUAUGCUCAUCCGUCCCGACCAGAAAGAUUGGGUUGACCGGCUUCCCGACAUUGAGUUCGCCUACAACACUUCGGUGCACCCGGCGAUCUGCGUCACACCAUUCGAGCUACAUCAUGGUGGAGAGAACGCACGGAUCUUCGCUGAUCUCCUUUUGCCACAGGCUGCCGACAUAGAUAUCCCUUGCUCUCCCGCUUCCGACAUUUCGCGCAAACUCCUUCCGAAAUGGUCCGGACCACGGGAAGUCACAUUUGCCGUUAGAGACGACCCCGCAGGUCCUUCCUUCGUGAUCAACAUUCCUACGCACCUUACAGUGCACCGAGUCUUCCACGCGUCGAAGCUGGCCGUCUACACGCCACCUUCUACCGACGAGUUCACCGGCCGUCGAUCACAGGAUCCGCCUUCUAUGGACGGACAUCAGGAAGUGGACCGAGUCAUCACGCAUGGCAACAAGCCAAUGCAGUUCAAAGUCACAUUCAAGCAAUGUGCGCCUGACAACACUCAGUGGUUCUCUAGUGCAGACUUGCAGACUUCUGCACCCCUUAUCUUCGCCGACUAUGAGAAGCGGCGCCUUGCCAAGGAAGCAGCUCGUCCCUCCCGACCCAUCCCGGUAUCGGACAGACAACUUCGCCCUCGCAGGGAAGAGCACUACCCCUUACACCCAGGCGCAAGAGGAGCGUGCCGCCGCCAUUCUGAAAGAGGAAAGGAAAUGAAGGAGAAGGAGCUUCUCAAAAAGGCAAAGUUAAGGGCGAUCGCAGAGGAGCAGGCGGCGAAGAGGAAGAAGUUGGAAGAAGAGAUGAUGAGAUUACAGAAGGAGGAGGAAGAGAAACGAAGGGCUGUUGAAGAAGCAGCAGCAGAAGAGGAAGAGGUAGAAGAGGUACCCCUCGACAGGAGACGCAGGGAAGAACGAGGGGAAAGCAAUGGCACAAAGGGAGAGGAUGCAUGGAUGGAGAAGAAGAUUAGUGAGUGGGUGGUUAAUUUAUCGUUCGGAGAAGACGAAGAGGCACUGAUGUACGUGCCCCAUGAGGAGAGAGAAGCAUUCGCUAGGGAAUUGGAAGCGAUGGCGGACCCCCUGGACCGCCAGACAGCAAAAGAUGAAAAGAAGUUGGAGUGGAAGUUGCGUUAGACGAGGGUGGUACUGACGAAGUCCCCUACAGUCAGAUUGAGUGGGGGCUCGAGGAGGAGGAUAGUAGCGUAGGCCCAGAGAG